AUGAUUAAACAUGUCCCUGCAGAGCAGCGCGUGCUGAGAGACUGGAAUACUUUGACAGAGGCCGAACAGCGACAGGCGUCUAGGGCAGAGAUCUUGCAUGAGCUCACCAUCAACAAUUCGUGGCGCGCCAUGGCCAGAUAUACCCGAGCACAAAUCCUUGCCACGCCAUCUGAACGCAUCCCGGACCUUAUCAAUUUCUGGUACGCACGACUGCUGGCACUAAUCAAGUUAGGACAGUAUGAGAUGGCGCAGGCUGAGUUGGAGCAGCUUGGAGAUCUGCGUGGGCCUCAGUUCCGCGAUUUGCAGACAAAGGAACAACAACGCAACGGUACCCUUAAGAAGGGUUCUAUGGUGCCGUUUGAACUGCUUGUCCUCAAGGCGCGUCUGCAAGGAUACUUGGGGGACAUUUACGAGGCAAUUGAUCAACUCUAUGACCUGAUCAUGCAUUGCAAAAAGGUAUGGGGGAUCCACUCGAGAGAUGAGCAAUGGCAGGAGAUCACGGGUCAGCUGCAUCUGAUGGUUCUCAACUAUCUGGUUGAGCUCAAGGAUUACUCGACGGCGACAAAGCAUGGGCGCGACCUGGCAAGGAAAUAUGCCCAGGACGUGAACUUCCAUUCUGGGCUGGGCCGAUUGUACCUGCAGCUCGGAGAUAUCGAGCGAGCGGAAGAGGUAUUCAAGCAGGUGGAGGACAUGGAACAGGGACAACAACAACACUUUAAGCUACAGUUGAUCAUGAACCGCGCAUUACUUGCUGUCACGCAAGGUCAAUGGCAGGCCGCCAAGAGUGCGUUUGAAGAAGUCCUUGCCCAGGAACCAGAAAACCUCGCUGCUACGAACAAUCUGGCGGUGUGUGAGCUGUAUGCUGGACAGCUGAACGAGUCGAUUCCUCGACUGGAACGACUGAUGUUUGCAUAUCCGACCUCGGCAGGGACGAGUGAGCCGUUGGUGUUCAAUAUGGCGACGCUGUACGAACUUCGGACAGAGGGAUCACAGCGGAAGAAGCAGCAGAUGAUGGUCGAGGUGUCCAAGUGGGCAGGCGAUCAGUUCAACGUGGGCAUGUUUAAGAGCUAG